UCUUGCGUGGAAACGCUGCAAUGAGUAGAUUCAAUAAUAUUGAUGAAAAAUUGGGAGAUUAUGAAAAUGGGGUUAUACAUAAUCAUGAUUUAGAUACAAUAGAUCCAACCGCAUCUUUGCUCUCUCACAAAAAAGAAAAAUUAUUUAAGGAAGAUAAAAAAAAUACUUUUACUAAGUUAAUUGUUUGCUGUCUUGGAAUAUUUCUUUGCUAUUUCUAUUAUGGUAUUGUUCAAGAAAAAAUAACUAAAUCUGAAUAUGAAACAAAUGGCUUUGUAGAAAAGUUUGAAUAUACGUUUAAUUUAUUAUUGGCUCAAUGUAUAGUAAAUUCAAUAUUUUCUAAAGCAGUAUUAAUGUGGACCAAUAAAAGUGGAAAAGAAGAUAAUACACCUACUUGGCUACUUUCUGUUUGCUCAAUGUCUUACAUAGGUGCCAUGUUAACAAGUAACAAAGCAUUAGAAUAUGUAAAUUAUCCAACCCAGGUUUUAGGGAAGUCCAUUAAACCAAUUCCUGUUAUGAUACUUGGAGUCAUUCUAGCAAAAAAAAGAUAUCCUAUUAGGAAAUAUGUAUUUGUUAUGUUAAUAGUUUUGGGAGUUACAUUAUUUUUAUUCAAAAACAAAUCUGCAAGAACAUAUGACUCCACAGCUCUCAAAUUUGGAGAAAUAUUAUUGCUUAUAUCCCUUUUAUUGGAUGGUGUUACUGGUGCUUUGCAAGAAAAAAUGAGGAAUCACACAAUUAGGCCACAUACUAUGAUGCUACAUUUCAAUCAAUGGUCAAUGCUUUAUAUGUCAUUAGGUAUCUUUUUGACUGGUGAAGGCCCCAAAUUUGUGUCGUUCAUACACAGACAUCCAAAAGUUUUGUUGGACUUUUUGGUUUUUGGUAUAACAAGUGCCCUCGGACAACAUUUCAUAUUCGUAACAGUAACUGAUUUCGGUCCUCUGACAUGCUCACUCGUCACAACCACCAGAAAAUUUUUCACCAUUCUCGCAUCCGUCAUCUUAUUCGGUAAUCCGAUGAAUAGCAGGCAAUGGUGGGGCACCACACUCGUUUUCAUCGGACUUAUGCUGGACACAUUUUACGGAAAAGCUAUUAAAAAGCCAAUCGGCACAACCAAAUGAAAAAACCAUUCCUUUUUAAAAAUAGGUGAAAUAUUACUUAUUGUAAAAUUUGUAUAAUAUUUUACACAAAUCCUUUUUUUUUUCAUUACACGUAAACACUGUUUUAUCGAAUAAUUUAAUUUUUUUGUAAAAUUUGUAUAAUAUUUUACAUGGAUCUUUUUUUUCAUUACAUGUAAACACUAUUUUUAUCAAAUAAUUUAAAUUUUUUAUAAAUAAAAAAAAUGAUAAUCUUGAUUUAUCGCUCAUAACUGGUGUUGUUAAGGGGCCCGAAUAAAAUUUUAGCUAAAAUAAUAUUAUGUAAGCCUCGAGAUUUGGCAAAUGGAGAUCUUUCUACCACUUGCGAGCAAAGCCUCCAGGCUUGCAUAAUAUCAUUUUGGCUAAAAUAUUGCGGUUUAUAACUUUAAUAAUUUUAACGGUUUUUUAGGCUUAAAUUUGAUUGCUCACGAAAUGCAUGCUUUUUAUAAUAUGUAUCCACUGAAAUGCACUUGAUGGUGCUAAAUUUUCAUGUUUUUUAAUUACAUAAUUUCGUAUAAAAUGUUUAUUAAUGGCAUAUUAAUAAAUGCAUUAUAAUUUUGAAUUAGGCCUUUUGUCUAAUCAACCAAAUAUGAUUUCACCUAUAUAAUUAAAAUUCAUUAUAUACUAAAAAUUCUUAUAUUAUAUUUAU